AUGCAAUAGAGCAUUCUUCAAAUGUAUUGAAUCGUCUUUAUUAUGAAAUACACUUUGUUAACUGUUUUGGUUCUUGCUGCAAUUUGUUCCGUUUAUUCACGACCUUGGUAUUGGAACGAUGAAUUCGUCCCAUGGAUCCCUAAGAAUGCAAAUCGGACAUAUAUGAAAUGUCCAUACAAAACAUGCACACCAGAUCCGCUAAAACACCAAUGGACUUGGGAACACUGUUGCAUGUGUAGAGCUAAACCAUUAUGGGAGGUACCAGUCGAUUUAACAGUACGCCUUCAGCUCGAGUACGUACGCAGAAAUGGAAUUGCGGAGGUAUUUUCUGAAGAACAAAAUAAAAGUCAAUAUUACAGUUUAUACCACUCACAAGGAUACCUUUCGAAACUUCCAAUAAACAUUUGUGCUUUUCCGAAUAUAGUUCGCAUUGAUUUACAGUCGAAUGAACUGACUGAAGUUGGAAAUUUAUCAUGUUUGUCCAUGUUAGAUGAUCUGGACCUAAGUUAUAACAAAAUUCACUUUAUAGGAAAUGAUACCUUCAAUGGUCUUACAAAUUUACGCGAACUAAGGGUUACACACAAUGGAUUAAAAUUGCUAGCGCCUUCAACAAUUACUGCAAAGUCACUUCAAAUAGCAAAAGCAGAUUUUUCUCAUAAUGAUAUGUGUUCAAUUGAGUUUAGCAACAUGAUAUCGGAAUCGGAUUUCUGUGAAAUUACUUUUAAAUCUAACAAUAUUUCGGAAAUUGUCAAUACAAAUAACUUUAAGAUAGAUCCUAAUAAGAAUUACACUGGUGGAAUAGUUGACCUAGUCGGUAAUAGUUUUACAACGUUCAUUGAUUUUGAAACACUUGGUAUUACUGACAUUACUAUUCUUGGUAAGGUAUUAUCUUAUGGUUUUGUUAUGCCUGAUGUGAAAUGGACCUGCGAUUGUCAUAUGGAACCAUACCUUGAACUGGCGGAAGACAUCAUAAAAAGGAUUUGGAGAGACUAUUUUAACAUAUCAUGCUGGCUUCCUCUAGAAUAUAGAGGCAAAACUAUUCCAGAUAUUGUGAAGGAAGGUCGUCUUGAUAUCUUCAUAUGUAAUUUAACCGUUGAACAAAAAUGUCCACCAAAGUGUAAGUGUUUUUACCAACCUAAAGAAAGACGAACAGUUGUUGACUGUAGCGGUGUAGGUCUUAAAGAAUUGCCUCGCUAUGUACCGUCGGGCAACCGAUUCAGUAAUAACCUUACAUUGAUUUUUAAAGAUAAUAACAUCACUCAUUUUGGUAACAGGAGCUAUCUAAAGGAUGCAACCGUGCUUGAUAUGUCAGGGAAUAAGGUUGCGACCUUUUCGCAUGAAGCGAUUGAGAUGUUACCAGAAGACAUAGAUCUUAAUUUUGCUGAUAAUAAUUUUAAAAAAGUUCCACGCGCCUUUCAGACACUUAAUCCAUGCAAGUCAAAGUUUGGAGAUGUAACAAUAGAAUGUGGUUGUGAUACGGAGUGGAUGAAGACCUGGGCUGAAAACAGAGAUUUAAAACAAUGCAGUAAUAUGAGUUCCUUAGUUUGUGAGACAGAUCGUGGUCUUAUUCCACUUGAUGAAAUCAUAGCCGAUGAUAUUUGUAAGCAAGAUAACAUAAUGAUUACCAUAUCUAUUAUUUUAAGCAUUUUAUCUACACUUAUUAUGAUUAUUUUUGGUGUCGUCUACAUUUUCAGGUAUGAAAUAUAUUUGUUGCAGAGGAAGUAUUUUCUCCGAAACUCAGUUUCCAAAGUAGGAUUUCUUCUAAAAUACGAUGCUUUCGUUUCUUUCAACGAUGAAAAUGAUGAGUUACGUAUCUGGGUUUUGAACGUAUUAGUUAGACAUCUUGAGGCAUCUGGAUAUCGACUGUUCGUACCUUGUCGUGAUUUACCCCCAGGUUCUAUUAAAGAAGAAGAAAUUUUAGAACAGAUUAUCAACAGCAGAAAAUACUUGAUAAUAUUAUGUGAUUAUUACCAACAAAAUGAUGUAACCUGGACACAAAUUGAAUGGAAAUAUAUCUGGUGUCACUUUAGACAAUACAUGGAAAGAAAUAUAAUAGUCAUAAACUUUGACCAGCUUGAAACAUCUGAGCAAACGGAUCCAAAACUGCGAGCAUUUGUACGGCUUGGGUAUGACAUUGACUUUUCUAACCGAAAACAUGAUUUAUUUGUCACAGUGAAAAGUCGACUAGGGGCUCCACUUAAAAGUUUAUUUUUUCAUGGAAACAAAAAGACCAAAUUCAUGGCCCACAAUCUGAUUACUAAUAAAGAAUUGUUUGAUCCUUUUACUGUUGUCGACGACAGCAAAAUUAAACUAGAACUAUAAAAUGA